AUGCAGAGGUACUUCGUCUACGUGACUAAAGACCCUGGUGACUCUGAUAAAGUCCUGUUUGGAGGAGGACAAUGGCCAGAAGACACCGACGCCGUAAGAGAUGCGGGACACACUGUCGAUCCAGUCGAAAAAAUAGCUUCAGUUACAUCAUCAAAAGGCAUGGUACUGACCCUGUGUAAUCUUAACCCAAUACGCGGGACUUCACUUUUUGCUGUCCAAAAUGGUUCCAGCAUUUAUGACUGGAUAUUAGAGAAUCAGAACAAUAUAUUGAAUGGAAAAGAAAUAAGAAAAUCUGUUAAAAGAACUCGAACAUUGGUUUCACUGGAUUUAUUACGUCGUACUGGUCCCCGAAUCGAAGAAAUGCUCAAACUUUGUCGAAGUGACAGAUAUAUUUAUGGCGCUGGAAACUUUUCUACAAUCUUGACUCAUUACGGAAUAUGUUACUUUGUGGAAGUGGAAGCUGAUGUCCGUAAUAUACAUUGCGUCUUGGAUCCGCAAGAGUAUGACUAUUUGAUCAACGGAUACAACGCAGUGGGAUUUCGAAUAUGGCUGCAUUUUACCAAGAAACAGGCGAUAACCGAUUUGAAAAUAGACGAUCACUCUACGUACGUUGAUCUCCAUGCCGCGGAUGCUCAAAUAGAGGGCAUUCGACCAAACGAAGUGAUUGUCGGCUCAGAUUAUGACACGGUGAUCCGUGUAGUUGGGAACUUGAGGGCUCGUGAAAAAUGUCAAGCAAUCACUUACCCAUCGUGUAGCCUUUCAUGUUUGGGUACUGAGAAUGAUGUCACUGAGCAGGAUAACGUGUAUAAAAACCAAGGAACCUUCAAAUGGCAGCCAGAGAAUUUGCAUUCAGGGAAAAAUCCAAAUUUACCUGAGACUUCUUGCUUGCCAUAUGUGCUCUCCGCGUUACAAUUUCCAAAAUCUUCCGUAUAUCAGAAACUGUUGGCAUUGAAAUAUCCAACGAUGUUUCAGAGAAAUGCACUGACGGUGUCGAUGGGUUUACGCAUCCAACAACGCGCUUACCUACGACUGGCCAACGCCACUGCAUUUGAAGAGCUGCGCGCAUUAGUGGACGCGUUUGGUGAUUUGCAAAAAGGACUAGAGAACAUUUCAACACAAGUCUAUACGAUUCGCCGACGCCUAUGGAGCGAUGAAGUGAAAUUUUCUCAGCGGCGAGAAACUGGUGAAAAGAGCUGCGUCUCAGAUGUCCCACAGCACCUCAGAACCUUGUUGAAUAUUACAGAGAGCUUCAACGAAGAAAUUUGCAAUCUACUAUUUUCCGAUGCUUUCUUUGGUAGUUACGCUUUAAGCUGUGUAGAUAAACCUUGGCCAGCAGAUUAUUCCACGAACUCCUUCACCAAGCAUCAAACUAAUACGACUACUGACUACGUUCUUGAUUCGAGUUUGGACUAUCUGAUUAAAGAAGACAUGGAUCGCCGUAGCCGAUUAGAGCUGCAAAUACUUGAUAUGUUUUUCAAGAAUAUCUCUCCUCAACCUGUUUUAAAAGAACUAUUGCGACGUCACUUACGCAGCCUUUCCGCAAUACGUAUGCAGCUUCGGCCAGGAAAAGUUGCAGGGCACUCUAGCAUUGCCCCUCUAGACAUCGAACAUCCGGGAGGAAUCGAAAUGAUUUCUACCACUUCCCCAACAACAUUAUGUACUAAUGAACUACCAGAGAGUAUGCGAUAUGCAUAUGACAAUGAACUGCUUGAAUUGGGAGAGAGCGUAGCUUCUACCUUACAAAGGCUUGAUUGGUUUUUCAACCAUAUGCAAGAAAUUGUCAAGGUGAAUCAAGCCAUAAUUAGAACCUUGCAGCUUUCGAACGCAAAUCUCUCGCAAGUUCCACACCCAAGCCUUGUAUCCUUCAAAGUGCAAGUCGAAAGAGAUGCCAGCAUGAUGGUCGCCCACAGCCUCUCUUCAUUAGACAACUUGCUCAGUUCAUUUAGUGAGGUACUGACUACUUUCUUGACUACCGUGGGCUUGCUUGUAUCUAUUCUUCUGUUGGCUGAACGAAGAUUUAUCGGACAAUGGAAACAUGUCAAUCCCCGUGGACAACGGUCUAUGGUUCAAAAGCAGACGGAUACCUAG